CGCACACACAGGUGUAGACACUCUCAUUUUUAUUGAUCAAUUUGUUGCGAUUAACCCGUUUUUAAGCCCGUAAACAAAGCGAAAAUGCCAACAGAAAUUGAAAAUAUCAAUCCCAAUGUCUAUGACAAGAUUAAGGAGCGUGUGACGACAGCCAAUGAGGAAGACGAGAACGUAGCAGAUCCCUUUGACAAGCGCGAGAUUUUCGAUCUCAUACGCAACAUCACUGAUCCGGAGCACCCGCUCACACUGGAGGAGCUGCAUGUGGUGCAGGAGGGGCUCAUCCGCAUCAGCAACAAGCAGAACUCUGUUUUCAUCAACUUCACACCCACGAUUCCGCACUGUUCGAUGGCCACGCUGAUCGGCCUGUCCAUACGGGUGAAGCUGCUGCGCUCCCUGCCGCCCCGCUUCAAGGUCACCGUUGAGAUUACGCCCGGGACCCAUGCUUCGGAGCAGGCGGUCAACAAGCAGCUGGCGGACAAGGAGCGUGUGGCCGCUGCUUUGGAGAACAAGCAUCUGGCCGAGGUAAUCAACCAGUGCAUCGCGGCCAGGGGUUGAACCAACCCCCCCUACACUGCACCCUACCCCCUAGCUGUUCCAUGUUGUUUUAGGUAAUACAAAUUAUAUUUUAGCAGCA